AUGACAAUGAGCCGAUACGAGGUGCAGAAGCAGCGCGACUGGAACGCCUUCGGGCGGUACCUGAAAAGCCACAAGCCGCCGCUACUCCUCUCCCGCUGCAGCGGCGCCAACAUCCUUGAGUUCUUCAAGUACCUCGAUCAGUUCGGGAAGACCAAGGUUCACACCGUUUCCUGUCCUUUUUUUGGGCAGCCGCAGCCGCCGGCUCCCUGUCCCUGCCCGCUCAACCAAGCCUGGGGCAGCCUUGACGCCCUCGUCGGCCGCCUCCGCGCCGCCUUUGAAGAGAACGGCGGCUUGCCGGAGGCCAACCCCUUUGGCUGCCGCGCCGUGCGCCUCUACUUGAGGGAGCUCCGGGACGCUCAGGCUAAGGCUAGGGGAGUUACUUAUGACAAGAGAAAACGGACCAAUACCAUGCACACCAAGAAUAUAUAAUUAAUUAAUGAAGCAGUUCUAUCUUGUGGUUUUUUUUUCUUUCUUUUUUAAUUUCUUUGAUUUACGGAAAACUCACAAUUCUACUGGAAGGUUUCUCAUUACUGUAUUGUUAUUUGAAAGCCAAUGAAAGAGGCAUUGUAAGGUUAAAUGAUUUAUGUAAUUACAUUAAUAUUAAAUUAUUAAAGUGGUGUA